AUGUCUGACCCAGAUCUCAUGAUGAACGAUGACACCUAUUUCGGUCAAGUCAGGCACUGGCUCGUCACGAAUGUCUCUACCAAACCAGACGGUUCGCUUUCAGUUUCCGAAGGUUCUGGUCUGUCACCAUACGUCGCACCGUCUCCACUUCCCAAUUAUGUGUACUCCCGACCCCAUCGCUACGUGUUCAUCUUAGCGAGUGCGCCCGGUAGUGUUGAAAUCACAAAUGACGACUUUCGCGAACUGCAAAAGCCGUACGUAGCUGCGAUGGCCGGCAACCAGGAAUCGCAGGACAUCAAGGACCGGUGGGGGUUCAAUGCUCAGAAAUUGAUCGAAAGCAAGGGAUUGAAGGUCGAGGCGGUGACUUUUAUGCGUGUCGGUGGCACGCUCAAGAGUGGCGCGGAGACAUCGGGGAUGAUGGCUCAAGCAAUGGCAAAUAAGGUGAAAAACAUUAUGAUGGGCGAUUGA